UUCGUCCUCAGCACCAUGCUCUCCCCUCAGCGGGCUUUACUCUGCAACCUCAAUCACAUCCACCUCCAGCAUGUCUCCCUAGGCCUGCACUUGUCCCGCCGUCCUGAACUGCGAGAGGGGCCUCUGAGUACACCCCCGCCCCCUGGAGACACAGGGGGCAAGGAAAGCAGGGGGGCUUGCAGCGGAACCCUGGUGGAUGCCAACUCCAACAGCCCAGCUGUGCCCUGCCGAUGCUGCCAGGACCACGGGCCCAGCAUAGAAAACCAGCAGGACCCUUCCCGGGAGGAGGAAGAGGCUGCCUCUCCUUCAGAUCCGGGUUGCUCCUCCUCUCUCAGCUCCUGCUCAGAUCUUAGCCCUGACGAGUCCCCAGUGUCUGUCUACUCUCGUGACCUGCCUGGUAAUGAGAAUGCCCACCCUCAGUCCAGCGUCUUCCCCUUGGGGCUGGGCUCUCCUCCGGCUUCAGCGGGCCCUGGCACCUGCUCUCCGGACAGCUUCUGCUGCUCUCCUGAUUCUUGCUCCGGAAUAUCUUCCCCACCUGGACCUGCUCUGGACUCCAACUGCAACGCCCUGACCACCUACCAGGACCUACCUUCCCCAGGCUUGGAGGAAGAAGAAGACAGUGGGGAACAGGAUCUUGCUACCUCUGAGCUCUCAGAGACCGAAGAUGGGAGGAUCGAUGCAGGGAAAGCGGAGCCCAGUUGGAAAAUUAACCCCAUUUGGAAAAUUGACACAGAGAAAACCGAAGCUGGAUGGAAAACCAUCGAGAACAGUGACUCUGGUUGGAAAAUCGAUGAAAAUACAAACUCGAGCUUGAAAACGGAAUCUGGGGAAUUGGCUUCUUGUUUGAACACCAAUUCUGGUUCGAAAAUAGAUGCAGGGAAAACUGAUGGGGGAUGGAGAGGUGACGUCAGCCAGGAGCCGGUGCCCCAUCGGACAAUCACGUCCUUCCAUGAGCUGGCCCAGAAGCGCAAGCGGGGUCCGGGGCUGCCCCUUGUGCCGCAGGCCAAGAAAGAUCGUAGCGACUGGCUCAUAGUCUUCUCGCCGGACACCGAGCUCCCGCCGGCUGGGUCCCUGGGAGGUUCUUUGGCACCUCCCCGAGAAGUCACCACCUUCAAGGAACUGCGGUCGCGAAGCCGAGCCCAGCCGCCGCCAGUGCCGCCCAGGGACCCUCCGGCUGGGUGGGCCUUGGUCCCACCUCGACCGCCUCCCCCUCCCGUCCCUCCGCGGAGGAAGAAGAAUCGGCUUGGGCUGCAGCCCAUCGCCGAGGGGCUGCCGGAGGAGGGCAGGGCUGGCAGGGGGGCGGUGGGCGAGGAGGCCCCCGCAGCGCAGGAACGCGAGGAGCCGCGCGCACUCGCCGAGGUGCGCAGUUCCUGGUCGUUUGCCGGUGCUCCCGGGGCCCAGAGGCUGUGGAUGGCAGAAGCCCAGAGUGGGACUGGCCAGCUACAGGAGCAAAAGAAAGGUCUCCUGAUAGCUGUCAGUGCUUCAGUGGACAAAAUUAUCUCGCAUUUUGGGGCUGCUCGGAACUUGGUUCAGAAGGCCCAGUUGGGGGAUAGUCGGCUGAGCCCGGAUGUGGGGCAUCUGGUGCUGACCACCCUCUGCCCGGCCCUCCAUGCUCUGGUGGCUGAUGGACUGAAGCCAUUCCGGAAGGACCUCAUCACUGGGCAGCGCAGGAGCAGCCCUUGGAGUGUGGUGGAGGCAUCUGUGAAGCCAGGUUCCUGCACACAUUCGAUGGGAUCCCUGUACAGCCAGGUCAGCCGACUGGCCCCGCUCAGUAGCAGCCGCAGCCGCUUCCACGCUUUCAUCUUGGGGCUCCUCAACACCAAACAGUUGGAGCUGUGGUUUUCCAGCCUCCAGGAGGACGCAGGCCUACUCUCCCUCCUAUAUCUGCCCACUGGAUUCUUCUCCCUGGCGUGUGGUAGCUGUCCAUCCCUGUCCACAGAGCUGCUACUUCUGUUGCAGCCACUGUCGGUGCUCACCUUCCACCUGGACUUGCUUUUUGAGCACCACCACCACCUGCCUCUGGGCCUGCAGCAGGCUCCUGCCCCGUUGGGGCCGCCUCCUGCCCUCCAGCAGACUGUGCAGGCCGUGCUGCAGUGGGGGGGCCGCUUAGCUCAGAGUCUCCGAGGGACUUCAGGAGAGGUCACUACAGACUCUUCCGCCCCGGCAACCCGCCCUCCACCAGGCAGCUGGUGGGAUCAGCUGACCCAGGCUUCUCGGGUCUACGCCUCUGGCGGCACUGAGGGCUUCCCUCUUCUCCGCUGGGGACCCAGGCGUCAUGGAGCUACUGCUGAGGGUGCGCGGGAGACGCCUCCACGCACAGAACCAACCACACCAGGCAAAAGCGUGUGGUUGGGGCGGCUAUUUGGUGUGCCUGGGGGCCCCUCAGAAACUGAGACGGGAGCCUUCAAGUCCAGGAGACCAUCCAGCUGGUUGCCCCCAACAGUGAGUGUGUUGGCUCUGGUGAAGAGGGGGACAUCUCCUGAGGCCCCUCCUGAGGAGCCUGUGGACUCGCCAGGCAGCAGGGUGCAGGCUGACAGGGCAGUCCGGGCUCUCUGUGACCACACUGCCGCAGGACCUGACCAGUUGAGCUUCCAGCGUGGGGAAGUGCUUCAUGUCAUUGCCACAGUGGAUGAAGACUGGCUUCGCUGUGGGCGUGAUGGUGUGGAGGGGCUGGUGCCAGUAGGAUACACCUCCCUUGUUCUCUAGCUCUGGACCUGUUUCCUUUUCCUGGGAAUGGAAUAGCUCAUGAAGCAUUGUUCCUUCUGCAAACACACCUUCCUCCCCAAAUCCGUUUCUGUGGACAGUUAAAAUAAACUUUCCUCCUUCUCUCAUCACCCACCUGGAAGGUGAAAGCUGCUCUUGCAAACAUGUAGAAAGGAUUUCCUGUCUACAGGGCUCCCUUGUCCUCCUCCAUCUGCCCAAGAGAGCAUCACCCUUCUCAUCUGCAAAUUAGCAUCUGUCCCCCUCUACCUUCACCCAAGUGGACUGUGCCGGUAUAGUACAUGCCUCUGCCCCCAAGCCCACAGGACUGUGGUCUCCUGUCUGUCCUUAGCCCUUGUUGCCUGUAUUUAAGAUGUACUCCUGCUGUGUGAAGUGCUAGAGGGAAGCCUGGACACCCCUGGUGGGUGGGCCUCUGGCAUUGGUCUCUCUCCUUCCUUCCUUGUCCCAAUAAAAUGUGGGAGUUGAUCA